UCUGCUUCUCAUGCCCCCGCAUCUCCCACGCCCUUGCAUGGUAGGCGACCUGUAAACUCAGGCCACUCGCCUCCCGUCAGCGCGCCUGAUCACACUGCAAUGGAGCCUUACGACCCUAGACAAUGGACCGACAACGCGCAAGUGUAUGGCGCCCAAAGGGUGUUCCAGCGGCGUGGCAGCGGUACGGCGGUAGCAGGGACACAAGAUGCAACUGGUCUGGAGCCUGCGAUGCCCUCCCCUCCGCCUCCAUAUUCGUCGAGCAGAAGCGGGCACCAGCAGUUGCGACCGAUCUCAAUGUUUGAGAGCUCGGUCUACUCGGUCCCGCCAUCGCAAAACUCGAGCGCUUCUUCGCCUCCAAAUCCGAUGACUCCAGGCUUCCCGCCUCCACCAGCCUCUUUGCGGUAUCAUGAUCGAUCGUCAUCUUCCCAUCGGAACCUGUUCAAUCUGGCAAACAUACGUACAUCCACUCUGGAAGCUGACUCACUACCCGCGGAAGACGGUCGACUGUCAAAGCUGGACGACUUGCGACCACCAGCCGCCAAAAGAGCGGCCUCAACAGGUCGGCUUCAGACAUAUCAAACAGUCGACGCCCCACUAGCAACCCAGCUGGGACCUAUACGGAAGGUUCCUCUUGCUAGCACUUGGAAACCAGGCAUGCCACUACCUGGGCCGCCACCCGGUCCACCUCCGUCAGGGUCGAGGACACAGAGUCUAAAUCGUUAUUCGGAAAGCAGUUCUCGAUCAAACAGCAUUGGCUCGGAUCGUAGUAUUGACGUGUCUCGCAACCGAAGAUCUGCUGCAGCGGCCGCUUCGUCGAGCCUUGGCCCAGUCCCGCCGACCCCGGCAGAUUGGGUGGACACUGACGUUCCCCAAGCACCAUUGCAUCAGCCUCUUCGCAUCGACACUGGCGUUAGCCAUGAUCCUUCGACUCUCAUCCGCCGACAUGCAAAGCGGGAUAGCAGCGGCAAUGGAAUCCGCGAGCGAAGAUCUCGGAGUCGUGCGGAAAGAGAGGCGGCGAAUGUGGCGUCACCAGAAGCAAAGGUUUCCAAGCAGGAAGGUCUGGUGAUGGGUACUUCGGAUGGCUCUAUUCGUCGCCGACGUGAUGCACACGGCACAUCUCGGGAAGUCAAGUUCGGGGCUAGUGUCGACAGUGCCGUCUCUCCAAACACCAACUCUGGUCCACCAACGGCCAUCCCCAGUAUGAAUAGUGUGCUGACUCCUCCAUACACGCCAGCCGUCGGGAAAGCCAGCGAUGAUUCUCUGAAGCGAAUCGCGUUGAAGGCCCCAGGCAGCGCAUCCAGCGAUCGACAGGUCUCUCAAGCUUCCUACCUUGCCUUGACUUCUGGGACGCCGACACUAUCGAGUCCUCCACGGCCAACAUCCUCUAGCUCCGCCCAACCUUCUGCCAAGCUUGACACCUUUUUCUUGCAGGCCUUGGAACGUCAUCGAGCCUUCAUUGAGAGUGAAGCGGCUGCAUCAUGUGACGAGGAUCGCCUGCAGCUGUUCGCAAGCUUCAUCGUCAACGAGUCGAGACUCCGUCGUGACCGUUACGCUACUGCUUACAAUGCCAUGGCGGGCGACAUUGUCGACCUUACCCGAGAUAUGUGGCGAUCUUAUGCACAGCAGAGCAAACGGACAAUCACGCCGAGCACUUCUCACUCAUCAAUUGACCCGACUCACCCGUCAUGGGCAUCCGACGGCCAGCAAGGUGCUGCCUAUGGCAAUGAUCCUUCCUCUGCCUCAUCCCUCGGCGAAUUCACACCGGGCUCUGAGCUGGGUGGCUUCAUUGCAUCGGACGAAGCAUUGGAGCGCGCCGAAUCUCAUCAAAGAGCAGAGACAUUCAAGCCGUCGCUCUCUCCCAUUCCAAGCAUGAAUGUGAGCUCGACUGCGGAUGAGGAGAGCUCGCGUGGCAGGACACCAAGUCGAUGGUGGGACAACAGUAACUCCGGCUCGAACUCUGUUGGCAAACCGGAGAGGAUUGAGAAAAGCCAUCGAGAGACAAAGUACAUGGGCGUGAAUCCAGCUGCCCUGCAAGACCACGAGGAGACGUCGUCCAGAAACAGCCGGCAUACUGGAUCUACGCCGGGCCCAAGCGGUGAAAGCUUUAAGUUGGGGCCCAAUGAAUAUCCGCCUGAGAAGGUAGGCUGGCAGCAGUCAGAUGAUAUCGAAACGCCAGUCCCGACACCAGGACAUGCUCGGAGGCUGUCGACUCCUCAUGACGGUUCUCUCGAUGUCUCACGACUAGUGACACUACCCCCGCCAUAUCCACGACACUAUCCUGCCGUCAAGAACAAGCACCCGCUGCUCGCGGACCUUAGGGGUGAAUACCGGGCCCUCGCUGACCACACUGAGAUCUCUGAGAUCAAGGAUGCCUACGCCAGUCAGCAUGCAACGAUGCAAGACCAACAAGAUGAGGCCGAGCAAGAACGGAGGAAGCAAUUACGCUCUAACAUCCAGGACAGAAUCUCAGAUGGCACCAUGUCUUAUGCCGAAGCCGCACAAGCCGAAGCCGACUUUGAGCAAGAAGAAGCCGAACGCAGCAAAGCGGUCACAAAAUCUGCCUUUGACGUGUUCGAGGCAAGCUUGGCCCACCCUUUGAAUGCGCUGUUGACGGCGCGACUUGAAAAGGCGAAUGCCGGCAUUGAUCGGCUGCGCGUUGAUCUGGAAAGCCGGAAUGAGGUCCGGGAUCCAAAUCAGGCGCAAGAGGAGGGUGACGAGCUGCCCGAGCGCUUGGAGAAGCUCACCCUGCUGAAGUGGCUGUUUGAAGCGCGAGAGCAGAUGCACAAGGAGAUGUACGAUCUCCACGCCGAUCGAAGUCUCAAGUACUCCGAGGUGAUCUUGACGCCCUUCCGGAAGGCGAGACAACAAAAGAAGAUUGAGCAGGCGGAAGCAUUCUUCGUCAAAGACGGUGGUGAUCGCCAACUCUCGUUCGCCAAAAAGUCACUGCAACGCUUCGACGAUCUCCAACAAAUCAUCGAGACCAACGUCACGCGAGGCGUGGAGGAGCAAUUAUCGGCAUUCUGGGACAUUGCGCCCGGCCUGCUUGAGGUCAUCCAGCACAUUCCCGCCGAGGUCUCCGGCGUGGCCAUUCAGAUCCCGGAGCAAGAGUUCGCCGAGAAUCCCGCGUACCUCCACCACCCACUUCAAUACCUCUACACCCUGCUGAGCCACGCGCAAAAGUCUGCGUACCAGUUCAUCGAGUCGCAGACGAAUCUCUUAUGCUUGCUCCACGAGGUGCGCACGGCGAGGGCGAAGAGUCAAUCACGGCUGGUGGAGAUUGAGGAACGAAGUCGCAAUGUAGAUGAUGUGCUCCGGAAGCCGGAGAUGAGGAAGGGGAGGCUCGAGCGGGAGGAGGUUCUGACGGAGGAUCUUAAGGAGAAGGUUGGCGAGGUGGAAAGGCAGUGGAAUGAGGCGUUGGGAGAGGAGUUGGAGGCUUGCAAGAGCAAGGUCAAGAUGUUUCUUGAGGGAAGUGAGGGUUGGGAGGAUGGACUUGACGGGUAAGAUGGAUGGAUGAUUGUGAGGCUUUCGAUAGCACUUGCAUGAGAUCCUGGUGUUUGUGCUAUGGAUAUACAGACGGACAGAGACAAACAUCGCGAUAUUGGUUGCCAGCGUAACUUCAGCCUCAUAUCAAGCAGAUGUUCGGCCUGAGGUGUCAAUUGAUUGCAGGCUCGAGGGGCUACAGACGCGGGCAGCCGCGACUAGCCC